AACAACAUGGCUGUUAGCUAGCAAGGUGCUCGUUCGAGGCGCUAGGAAUAAAACAUCACUUGCUACAAAGAAACACUCGUGUUUUGCAGUCAUGGUGUUGUUCAUUAACAUAAACGUUGGUCAAAGGGUCGAAGUUUUACUAGGUGGGGAGAUAUUUCGCGGCACUAUUCAGUAUAAAGGAUGCAUCAUCACGAAAAAGGGUGAAUGGGUUGGACUUUCACUUGAUGAACCAGUUGGUGACAGCUGUGGAAUGAUUUUAGGACGCAGAUAUUUUCAAUGUCGAGACAAAUAUGGAGUUUUUGUCAGAGCCAACAAAAUCCGCUUCAUCUCUAGUGGUAGAAGGCUAUUCAACAAAUACCAUCGAGUCAUAGGUGAUGAUGCCAUGGAGGAGAAUCUGUUUCAUACUGAAAAGCCGGCAGUCAGCAAUGGCCCGUACGACCCGGUACGGAUGUCCGCAGAUGACUUCAGCAGGAUGAGGACCUCAUUGGACUUUUCCCUUGAAAAUGGUUAUCCUCACUACGUGACACAAAAACACCACCAUCUGAGUCAUGCAGUGGGAAACAAGAUCCCGGCUACAACGAUGCUACGACCUGCUACAAGCAUGGCCUCGUUUCGCUACCACACCCGCCCCAUACACACCUCGUACAGCAUAGAGAAUGAUUUCAUUCCCAGUCCAUCCAUUCCGAAGACCCACAUGCCCUACAUGGCGCUGCGGAGACAGGUACAUCGGGGGUGGGACAACGCACACUACGUACGAGAAAUGAGUGUCUCCACCGGUCGGGAAAGGAUGAAGUUGUCACAGUGGAACGACAUCUCAGAAUAGUUCUUGAAUAAUUCAGCAUUUAUUUAUUAUGGCUGUGACUGAAGUUUAUGAAUUGAUAUUAGACUCCAAAAUAUCAAGAUGAAUCAACAUUAUCAAUGCAUUGAUAAUAACACCUUGGAGACUGUAAAGUUUUGACUUGUAAUAUCAUAUCUAAAAAGAAUUCAGUCCCAUUAAAAUCAGAUCUUAGUUCUCGCUAUCGCUAAACAAAGAUCUGAGGACAUCCCAUUACAGGUCACGUCACACAGACCUUGCCCGAAUUUUGACCGACCAAUGGAAGGACUGAUAAGAAGUCAACAUUAGCCAAUCAGAAGGCAGCUUUCUCGUGCUUUAUGGCACUGAUUUUGAAUUGGCGACCACGCUUCAAAACAUAUUUUGACAAAUUCUCGAUUAAAAAUUUGAAACCUGAACAAAAGAACAUUCUUGAAUGGCAGAUAUGUGGUCUAGAUUGUAUUGAUUCAGUCGUUAAACCCGUAACUAUCGUUCGGAAUACCCCUGUGUUACAUUUUUUCGAGGUUGCAUGAUUAGAAACCACAUACCGACUGUCACUUUCAUGAUCUGGUAAGCAACACUCUGAUUGGUCGGAUGAAAGGUUGUUCUGACGUGACCCCUAAUGGGAUGUCUUCAGAUCUUUGUUUAGCGGUAGCGAGAACUAAGAUCUGAUCUUAAUGAGAUUGAAAAUAGAUAGUUUAUGACAAAGACUUUCUAUAUGUGCCAUUAUUGAAAAACGUACGAUAAAUAUUUUAAUAUUUGUAAUGAUCAUAUUUGUAUUGCUAUCAGUAUUGCCAGUUCAUACAGAUAACAUAUAAUCUGACACCUUGUUUUCAAUAUGUUACCGAAAAUCCUAUGAACACAAAUUAUUAAAAGUAUUAGUAUUUUUUAAUACCUGUUAUGUUUGAAAACAUUUUCAACAAGUUGCCUUGUACAGGUGCCGGGAGGAACUAUCAAGUCCAUGGCGUCAUAUCAAUGCAUUUUGAAUUAGAUGUGUGUCUUCUCCAUCUUAUUUGAAACUUCACGUAGUGUCUUAGGUAACCAUCGUUUCUAUGGUAUGUGUCUGUGAUAAUGUACAUGGCUCAUCUGGUCAGAUGUCAGAGGUCACAGGUCAGAGGUCGGUAGACCCCAUACAUGGGCACAAUGAAAACCGUCCGCUAUUUUCGUAAGUUGAUCCCCUCUCUGUUGAUACAGCCCAGGUAAACAGUACUAAGGCCAGGCUUUUUAUAAUUUUAGGAUUACGGAUUUUUCAGCCCAAAGUCCAGGGUUGGAGGAUGGAAAAACAAAAGAAAAGCCAGAUGCAUUUUUUAAAUGCAGAAUGCCUCUGGCAUACUUUAUAAACAUAUUCUGUGCUCAAAAGACCACCAUUUGUGACGAUAAAGCCCCUUGUAACAAUAAAAAUUCUAUCCCUUACAACAAUGACAAUUGUCAAGGGAGGCUAUUCAAGUUCGGCUUCGAGAUCAACAAAGAUCGAUUAUGUAUCUUUUUUACUAGUUUACAACGGUAAAUUCAUAUGUUUUUUAUUAAAAGGUGAUGAUAACAAAUAAAAUAACUGACUACGUGGCUAUCGGGGAAAAAAAAAUGGAAAUCUGAUUAUAUUUUUUUACAUUUUCUCAAAAAUUAGAGUCCGCGGUCCGUAAUCCGAAAAAUAUAAAGCACCUGGCCUAAAUACAGAUGGAAUGCCAUUGACAGACAACUAAAUGCAUCCAUAUCAAAUGUUUGAUUAUGUUUGUUCUGGUAUAGGGGAUGAAGUCUUUGAAAGAUGUAACAGAAUUCAUUUUGAAAACAGGCAUAUCUACAUGUUUAUAACUACCCAAAUUGGAUGAUAUUGAGGAAGUGAAUGGUAUGUACACCUGUGGCCAUGUUAUCUUUGAUCGUGCAUGGUUUUAAUAUGUUAUUUUUGUCAGAUUUAUUGACUGGUAAUAAAUCUAUGCAAAGAUGUCAACCUAGGUCUGUGUUCUAAUGCAGCCUGUGACUUCUGGUGUUGUGAAGUCUGUAAUGAAUAACGGUCACUCUUGAGACGACCAAGGAAUAAAUUGUCCACUCAUCAAUAACAGACAACCAUCACUGUCCAGAACAUAGGUCUCAUUUGUAACUCCCUACUGACUUCAAUUUAUUUCCAAAAGGAAUGAGAUACAGUUUAUCUGUUGAGCAGACCCGUGAAGAUCCGGGGUAGAAAAGGUCUUCAGCAACCCAUGCUUGCCUUAAUAGGUGACUAUGCUUGUCGUAAGGGGCGAUUAACGGGAUCGGGUGGUCAGGCUCGCUGACUUGGUUGAUGCAUGUCAUCGAACACAAUUGCGUGGAUCGAUGCUGAUGAUAUUAAUCACUGGAUUGUCUGGUCCAGACUCGAUUAUUUACAGACCGCCGUCAUGUAGCUGGAAUAUUGCAGAGUGCGGGCGUUAAACAACAAACAAGCCAACUGUUGAGCACAAACCAUGAGGAUGUGCAGCUGUUAUUAACUUUUAUCCCCAGGUAUUUAGCGGGGAAAACACUGUGAUAUUUUCUUCUUGUUAUGAAAUUGUAAUUGUAACAUUUUUCCUUGUUGGUACUUUCGAUAUAUUUAUCCUGUGAAUGAAGAUGGCUGUGCCUUGGCAUCUUGACUGAUCAUAUUGACAGCGUCAGGUUUGUUUUUUAUGGUGUCCGUUAGCACAAACUCAUUGUGAAGGUUUCUGGCUCUAACAUACUUAAAGGGCAAGUUCACACGAAAAUAAACCUAUUUUUCUUGUACUUUUUCAUCAUGAAAAUUAUUUACCUAAUAGUUUCGGAGGCAAAACAAUUAAAAUAUCACAUGUAUCAAAUUUAUUUUAUUCAUAAAAUCGGUUCAUAUUUUUCACAUUUACAGAGAGUUCUAUCUCCAUAAUAAACACACCAUGGCUUAUGCCCCUUGCAAUAUGACGUCAUUGGUGCCAAUUGAUAAAGGAAUGACGUCAUAAGACUUUAAGGGGGAUAACUCAGGCCUGUUUAGCUCGGUAAACGAAGGCCUCAUAACGGCAUGACAUUUUCACACUUAUUGUGAGCUCGCUACAUUGACUGUGAGAAAAAUGAGUGUAUUUUUUCAACUAAUUCUAAAAUUGCGUUUAGUUUAAAACAAGAAAGAAAGUGAUUUUUGCGUGUACACUUCCCCUUUAACAAUGGUGUGUGUGGAUCGUGUUUGUUCUAGUGUAGCCAGCAGGGAUUGUAUUAAAUUGUUUGAUAGGCAUUACUUAGAAGUAGACGGAUGACAAGGUAGACAAAAUUUUAUGGAUAACAACUUCUUUAAUACUGUAAAAAGUGACGUUCGGUAUGGAUCCUUAUACCGUUGUCAAGCAAGACUGUCAAGCAAGAUUGUAUUGAUUCUCAAAUAUCCAUGUGGUACAUUGACUGCUGCACAAGGCAAACUACAUUUAGAAUAUUUGCAUUUUCCUAUGCUACAGAAUUGUGAUAAUAUCCUGGAAAAAUAUGUUGUAUGUUUUAUGAAAUAUUUACAAAGAAUGUUUACAAAUGUUACUCCUGUCAUUGUUCUGAUCUGACAGGGUGUCUCCAGUGGGUUCCUGUACCUUGAGACUAUGUUGGUUAGUUUGACCGUCUCUCCAGGAUCUACUGCGUUACAGCAUGUUGUCACAGUCGGAUGCACGUCCCUGAUCCAUACCUAACUAUAGUCAGUACAAUGUUUCCUACCUAGCUUCAGUUAAACACCUUGAAUUUAACACCAGGGUAACACAACAGCACUUAUUCUCUAUAGCUUCACUGACUGGAGUAGAAUAUUGAGUGUAUUUGCACACACAGUGUCAUCUUGUAGUCACCAGCCACCAAGGCGUCUUGUUAUCUGUACAUGUUUGCAUGUGUACGUUGUUAUGCUAAUAAUAAACACACUCACAACGAAA